UCUUCUGUUGGAUCACCAGAAAACAAUGCUUUUAAUUUAUUUACUCUUGAUGCUCAAAGAUGGUUGUAAGUUAACUCCUCAGAUUUCAUCUACAUUUCACUUCAUGUUUCUAUUUCUGCUGUUUAUAACUGUUUUUUAUGGCUGUUUAGGUUGUAAAGAUUCUCCCAUUGUUGAAACACAGACUGUAAAUGUUGGAGGAUUUGUGAAGAUUGAAUGUCCACGCAAGUCAGCUGGAGAAAUAAUUUGGAUGAGGAUAGAUUCUGAAAAUUCUCCUAAAAAUCUUGGGAAUACAGAGAAAAUGUAUCCUCAUAUUAAAUUUGACAAAGAUCCUGGAAUAUGGGUGUUAAAGAUAACAAAUGCGAGUCUAAGUGAUUCUGGAAUUUAUUUCUGUCUAAGAAAGUAUCAGGAAAACAAGACGUUUAUGAAACUGACAUAUCUGACAGUUGAAGAAUCUGCUGUCACCACGGUGCCCACAUCUGUUCCACCUCAUCUCCAUGACUCAGUGACUCUCCAUUGUUCAGCCCUCCGUGACUCUCAAAAUAAAUCAUGUUCCGAAGAUGAGAAUUUGUUCUGUUUUAGAGCCGAAUCAAUUGAGACGUUUCCAGGUUUCCAAUCCACUGACAAUGCUGAGGAAAGUGGAUUCAAAUUUAACUCUGAAGAAUGUCUCUACAAGCUGGAGUUUUUCAAGAACUCCAGCUUGUCUGAUGCUCAGAUGUAUCACUGUGCUGUGGCAAAGGAUGACAAGAACACAUCUAUAGAAAAAUCAAACCCUAUCGUUGAAGCAGAAAACAAAGGAGAUUCACAAACUUACUAUGAAGUUGCCUGUCUGCUGAGUGCUGCUUUGGCUGUCUGUCUGGCCAUUAUAGCCUUCCUCAUAUACUUAAUCAUAGAAAUGAAUAAACAGUUAAAAGGUUCUCGUGAUGACGCAGUUGCUCUGCAAGCACAUGAAGCAAUCAAAGAAAAUCCAGAAAGCCAGAAGUCACAUGAGGACUUGGUUUAUUCAUCAGUUUCCACAAGAAGAAAAGCCAGCAAAAAAAGAACAGGGGCCAAAGCGUCUGAAGAGCAAGAAGUCAUCUACACAGAAGUUAAUGUUCCUGGAGUCUGAAAAGGCUAAGCUAAUUUAUACGUUUCUGAUUUUUAUCAAAAGACUAAAUUAAAAAUGCACUUUGGGUUUUUUUUUUGUUUCGAUUUUUGUUUUGUUUCUUUAAUGUAUUAAUAUUUCUCAAGUAUGUUAUUCUACACUCAUUUGCUUAAAAUAAAAUUUCUUCCAUGUUUCCCAGGUGGACACAAGCAUUUUAAAGCUCUUUGUAAAUAAAAAAACAUAAAUGAAAGGAAUUAUCAUUUGUGAGUUUUAUCAGUCAGUUAUAUAGUUUAUUUCUGGAUAAGAAAGUGUAGCUUCAAAAAUGACUUCGAUGGAAUUUUAG